CAAGCAGGUUCCACAAUUAUAAGUCAAAACAAAAUUGCUUCACACUCGAACUCUUUUCUCAGGAGCAACAAAUCAAUAAAACUCAGGUUUGAUUCUUCUUUUACACUCCAUAUCAACGGCUGAGAGAGAGAGACACAGAAACCCGAAAUAGAAGAGGAGAGGCUGUGUCCCUCUUUUGUUUUGUUACACUGUAAACUACUGGUCCCUUCAUUCAUUAGCCUUUAAACCCUGACAAUAUUUUUUGUAAGUUUUCCCUUUCUUUGGUUUGGUGAGUUGUGUUGGUGAUUUAUUAGGGUUAUGCUGAAAACUGAAACUUAACCAAGAAAAACAUGAAAACGGUGUCCUAUGUGUAGGUUUGAGAGUUAAGAAUGUUUACGCAAGAAGAGCAGAUGCAGAGGAAUUGGGAUGGCCAGCAGCAAAUUAUGGUACCAUUUGCAGAAAAUGUAGUAGUUGCUAAUGCUGCUGCUGGUGUUAUAGGUUCUAAGAAAAGAGGAAGACCACCAAAGGGUUUAAAAGAAAAAGGAAGACCAAAGGGUUCUUCUAAAAUUAAGAGGGAAAAUGUUGACGAAAAUGUGGGAAUUACAGUUAGUGGCAUGAUGGAUGUGAGUGGACAAGAGGUAGUUAUGAAUAAGAAGAAGAAACGAAUAGGCAGACCAAAGGGUUCUAAGAAUAAGAAGAGAAAGGUUGGAGAAAAUGGGGAAGAAUUGCCAAUUGCAGUUGACUUAGUUAAUGGCUGUGGGGACAUUCUUAUCAAGAAGAAGAAUGUAGGGGGAAGGCCCAAGGGUUCUAAGAACAGAAAUAUAAAUUUUGAACGAAACAAAGAAGGGAUUGUCAAAAAGGCACAUCAGGGAACGUCAAAGGGUUCAAAUAAUCAGAAGAAAAAUGUUACCAGUGAUGAAAUGGAAAUAAUGUUACCAAUAGGUGAUACUUGUCUUGAAAAGAGUAAUGCUGAGAUUAUUGUUGCAAACAAAAUGUCUAAAACUGACAUUGUUGCAGCUGGUGAUUUUGGGAUAAGUGUAAACCAAGUUGCUGGACACAAUGAGAUAGUCAAGAAGAAAGCUGGUCGGCCCAAGGGUUCUAAGAAUAAGAAGAAAGAUGGUCGGCCCAAGGGUUCCGAGAAUAAGAAGAAAGUUGGUCGGCCCAAGGGUUCCAAGAACAAGAAGAAAGUCUUGAUUGGUCUUCUGACUGUUGGCCAUUGGAAUGGAGGUGGAGGCAAAGAACAUGUAGUCAAGCAAGGCCAGUGUAGGGGUUCAAAGACUAAGAAGGAAAUCACAUUAGGCUAUUUGAGUAAUGCUAAUGCUACUACUGGAGAUGAAGUAGAUGUUAUGCGCCAGGACGCGAGGAAGAAAAGAAUCACUAUGGCUGGUCAAAGUGGAGUAAUUCUGAAUGAGGAAGAAGGGAUGAUAGUCAAGAAGAAGGAUGGGCGCGGCAGACCCAAGAAGGCUUCAAAGACCAAGGACAAACAUAUACUAGGCCGUUCAAGGGAUAUUAAUACUAAUAAUGGAUUUGGAUACAUGGAUGCAGUCAGGAAGGAAGAUAAUGAAAAGAAUUUCUUUUUAGCUGUGGGUAAUGGAGACAGGAUAUUCAAGAAGAAGAGGCGUGGUCGGCCCAAGAGCUCAAAAAAUAAGAAGAGAAGUACUGGUGGUAAUUUCAUUGAUGCUAAUCUUAAUAAUCGAGGACAAGAUGUGGGUACUACGAGGAUAGAUGUGGUUGAAAAGGGAAUUCUUUUAACUGAAGAAAAUAGGGGAGACCUGAAUGAAGUUGCUUUUGGUUCUGCAGUUAGAGUUGUCAGGAGGAAGGGUGUCCUUGGACGGCCAAAGGGUUCAAAGAAUAAAAAGAAAACUAUUACAAGCAACUCCAGCGUUGUUUAUUCUGGUAAUGGAGUUGGAGCAACGAAUACCUGGAAGGAACACGAGGAUAAAAUGGCGAGCCUGGCAACUGACCGCAUGGAGAUUCUGAGUGAAGUUACUAUAGCUAAGAAGGAUAGCUGCAGCCUGCCCCAUGGCUUACAUAACGAGAAUAAGAUUGGUGAAUCUGACAAAGCUAAUACUGUUAACUUCAUUCCUUGUGAAAAUGGGGUUUCUGAGCGGAAGGGUAGGCGAGGGAGGCCAAAGGGCUUGAAAAACAAAAAGAAAGUAGUAUUUGAUGCUGUAGAAAUUCAGGGAAUGACAGGUGAAAUUGCUGUUGAUACUAAUGGGGUAAAUUUGAGCAUCAAGCGAAAGAAUAGACCUGGACGACCCAAAGGUUCAACAAAUAAGAAAUCAAAAAAUAAGAGUGAAGAAAAUAAUAAAACUGCAGUAGCACUUAUAAUGCAUGAUAACAGAGGAGGUAGUCAAGCUGGGCAGAAAGUGAAAUCUUGUGGCCUGCUUCCUGUUGCCACCAAAAAUGGGGGAAUAUCAGGUGAACCUACUUUGUUGGAUGCUGAGGGAGGCAGGGUCAUUAAGAGGAGAGUUGGCAGAGGGAGACCAAAAGGUUCAAAGAACAAGAAAAAGUUAGGAGCUUUCGAUAUGGGAUUGCCUUGUCAAGUUAGUUGUCAGAAUGCUACUAGUAGGAUGGUUAAGCGCAGAGGGAGGCCAAAGGGAUUAAAUGAUAAGAAGAAAAUUGCUAUUGUCCCUGCAUGCAUGGGAGAGCAGGAACUUAGCACAUAUGCAGAAAUAAAUGGACUGACACCGCCAGGAGUAUUGGACACUAUCAGUUGGAAGGAUCAGCAGACUUUUAACUGUCAUCAAUGCAAACGUUAUAAAGCUUCUGUUGUCUUCUGUUCAAGAUGCAAAAGAAAACGCUAUUGCAACGAUUGUAUUGCAAAGUGGUAUCCAGAGAGAACAAAAGAUGAAGUAGAGCAUGCAUGCCCUUUCUGUUGCAGGAAUUGCAAUUGCGGAGCUUGUCUCCAAACAGAUGUCUUUUUAAAGGACUGCUGCAAACAAACUGAUGAAAAGACAAGACUGGAGGGUUCACUUUAUUUGCUUUUCAACAUUCUGCCCCUUCUCAGGCAUAUUCAAAGGGAGCAAAGAUCUGAGCUAGAUGUUGAAGCAAACAUCCGUGGUGUUCAGCUGACAGAAGAAGACGUUACCAAAUCACUCAUUGAUGAUGAUGAUCGAGUAUAUUGUGAUAAUUGCAACACAUCCAUUGUCAAUUUCCAUAGAAGCUGCCCUAAUCCCGAUUGCUCUUUUGAAAUCUGUAUCAAUUGUUGUCGGGAACUCAGAGAUGGUGCCCCACGUGGAGCUACUGAAGCCAGCUCAUAUCUCAGCAAGUCUGUGGAAGCUAGUCAUACUGCAGCUUUGAAGGGAAACGUUCCUUCAGAUGAUUGGAGAAGUCCAGAGGCCCUCCUUGCUAAUGGUUGUCCAAAUCACAUGCUCUCCGAUGUUGCUGAAUGGAGAGCCAAAUCUGAUGGCAGUAUACCUUGUCCUCCUAAAGAGCGUGGUGGUUGUGGCUCUUCAUUAAUGGCUCUAAGGCGUAUCUUUGAAGCAAAUUGGGUUGACCAACUAAUUCAAAGUGCUGAGGCCCUAACAUGCAAUUACCACCUUCCAGAUAUGGAUUUAUCACAUGGGUGUUCAAUUUGUCUUGCUACCACUUCUGUCCAAAACGGUGAUAACCACUGUCAAGUAAGACAAGCAUCUUUUAGGAAUAACAGCCACGAUAAUUCUCUGUACUGUCCUAAUGCUGUUCAUAUUGGUGGUAAUGACUUUGACCAUUUUCAAAUGCAUUGGAGGGCUGGUGAACCUGUAAUAGUUAGAAAUGCACAAGCUAAGGCCUCUGGUCUUAGCUGGGAGCCAAUGGUAAUGUGGAGGGCCUUCAGAAACGCAAGGAAAAAGCUGAACGAGGAGACUUUCUCUGUCAAGUCCAUUGAUUGCUUGGAUUGGUGUCAGGUUGAGAUAAAUAUUCAUCAGUUCUUCAAGGGCUACUUAGAGGGUCGUUGGCAUCGCAGUGGGUGGCCAGAAAUAUUAAAACUGAAGGAUUGGCCUCCGACAAAUUCUUUUGAAGAAUGUUUGCCGAGGCAUGGAGCUGACUUUUUUGCUAUGCUUCCCUUUAGCGAAUACACUCAUCCUAGACGCGGUCUUCUAAAUUUGGCCACUAAGCUUCCCGAUACUGCCUUGAAGCCAGACUUGGGGCCUAAAACUUAUAUUGCUUAUGGAUAUCCAGAAGAGCUUCGGAGAGGUGAUUCUGUCACAAAAUUGCACUGUGAUAUCUCUGAUGCGGUCAACAUAUUGACUCAUACAACCGAAGUAAAUGUCGCUCAUGGGCAACGUGAAAUCAUUGAGAAACUAAGGAAGCAACAUGAGGUUGAAGAUUCAAAGGAACUUUGUUCAGGCAUAGCAGAGGCACUAGACUCUCAACGAAGAUUUGACAAAACUGAAACAACUGAUUUUAAAUCACAGGGAAGCAUCGACGAUAACAAAAGUUGCUUGUUAGAAACUAUGGACAAGGGGAAAGAUUUUGAUAAAGAAAAAGACAUAAUUUCCAAUAUGAAGUACACUGAUAUUUCUGGCAGAACUUCUCUAUCCGAUGAGAUAAACCCAAGUACCAAUACCUUUGCACUAGUAGAAGCAAGUAUGGCUCUCGAAAUCAAGCAAGAUUGUGCAGAAGUUGAAUGUGGCGGUGCGGUAUGGGAUAUCUUUCGCAGACAAGAUGUGCCCAAGUUAACAGAAUACUUGCAGAAGCAUUGGAGAGAAUUUCGCCAUAUUAACAAUGCUCCAGUGACUUCAGUUAUUCACCCUAUCCAUGACCAGACAUUCUAUUUGAAUGAGAAGCACAAAAAACAGCUGAAGGAGGAGUUCAAUGUUGAGCCAUGGACGUUUGAGCAGUACCUUGGUGAAGCUGUUUUUAUUCCUGCAGGAUGCCCACAUCAAGUGAGAAAUAGACAGUCAUGUAUCAAGGUUGCUGUUGACUUUGUAUCCCCUGAAAAUGUUCAAGAAUGUAUUCGCUUGACGGAGGAGUUUCGCUUGCUCCCCAAAACCCACCGAUCUAAGCAAGAUAUAUUGGAGGUGAAGAAGUUGGGGCUUUAUGCUGCCAGUGUUGCUAUUAAUGAAGCCACAAAUCUGAUGUCGAAAUUUAAUACUCAAUCUUGUGAUGAAUUGCAACAGCAAGAACAAGCUGCUGAAACUGGGAGCUCCAUUGCAGAAGGCCUAGGUGGGAGUCCAUCAGCUAUAGUAACCAAGAGUUGAGGCUUAUCUUAUUUUAAUAUGAUGGUUUGCAAGUUGUAUAGUAUAUUGUAUUUGAUUCCCAUCAUUUGGUUGCAUUACAAGGCAUGUCUAUUUUUAUAUAGUACUUGUUUUUCGUCUUUGUAGAAAUAAUGCCAGGCGUUUCUUUGAAAUGUCUUCAUGGCUCAUUGAAGCUUGUAACGAAUUCACUUUCACAGGAAAUGCAGAGUAGGAAGAGUCACAUUGAUGUUUAAUCCAAGUGGAAAUAUUACAAUUCUACUGUAUUGACUGCAUCCCGUCUCCUCCCAUUUGCUCCAGCUAUGAAAGAAAAGAAUAGAUGCAACAUUUUUUUCUGUUCUA